GCAAGAUGUCACUAGCACCAUUCAUUUCUUUUUAUUUAGGUUAGAACACUAUAUUUGUCAAAAUAUUUUAACAUUUCAAAAUUAAAAUGAUUUCUUCAAAAAUACUGAAUGUCACGAGGCAACUCAGAAGUAAACCUGGGAUACUCCAAAGUUUUAGUAGAUUGAGCAGUUCGGAUAUGAUAGAUCCUCCUGAAGAUCCUGUGUUUACCAUUCCUAGACCUAUAUCUCGCGAAGGAGAGGAUUUAGAACAGAGAAAAGCCAGGCUAAUAUAUCAAUCUAGAAAACGAGGAAUGCUGGAAAAUGAUCUUUUACUCAGCACGUUUGUUGCAAAAUAUUUACAUACAUUCACACCCACUCAGGUCGAUCUAUAUGACAAGCUUAUAAACGGACCUUCAAACGACUGGGACAUUUUUUAUUGGGCUUCAGAAGUGAAAGAGAUUCCGGAAGAGUAUAAUACUGAAAUAAUGAAAUUAUUGAAGUUGCAUUGUAAGAACUUAAACAAGGAAUCACGUAUUAGACAACCUGAUUUGUGAAUAAACUACAUUAAAAGUAUUUUAUUUUAUGUAGUACCUCGUAUAUAGACUGAAUUAAUUGUUAUUUAUUAAAUUAAUAGAUAUAUUGUUGCAGUU